AUGUCUCAAAUUGAGAAUUGCAUUCAAUCAUCAUCCACAGACUCCGAAGGUACAACAAAAACAACAAAUCAUUCAAAAAUUGAAAUUCAUGUUGCAGAGUUUUAUAGUGGAAUCGGAGGAACAAAAAUGGCCGUAGAACUCAUUGAAGCGUUUAUUGAACAAUUUUUUAUGAAUAAGAACCCUUCAAAUGAUGGAUUAUCUGUUGUCAUUCCGAACAAAAUUAAAUUUUCAUGGAUUGGAGCAUUUGAUAUCAACGAAAAUGCAAAUAUACUAUACAAACAUUUAUUUGGACACGAACCUUGUGCAAAGGAUAUUGCUCAUAUUCCAAUUUGUGAUUUUGAAAGACAAUACUUUAAGAAAAUUUUGGAAAAGAGAAAAGAACAAUAUUCAAAUUCGUCAUCUACCUUUGAAAAGUCUCAAAAGAAGCAAAAACUCAGCGAAAAUUACUCUCAGAUGGAAACAUUCUCAAAAAUUUUGUGGACAAUGUCUCCUCCUUGUCAACCCUUUACACUCAAUGGAAAUAGAAAAGACAAUGAAGAUGAUAGAACAAGAAGUUUUUUAUAUUUAAUGAGCGAACUUUUCCCUAAAAUAUUGCCGGAUUAUAUAUUUGUUGAAAAUGUCAAAAAUUUUGAGAUAUCGAAAACUAGACAACAUUUAGUGAACCAGUUAACAAACCAUGGAUAUCAAUUUAAGGAAUUUCUUUUAUGCCCAACUCAGUUAGGCCUUCCCAAUCAGCGUGUGAGAUAUUAUCUUAUAGGACGAAGAGUAGAAUUCAACAUUGAAAAUGCUGUGAACAUUACUGAAAUCUCUCAAAUGAUAGAAAUCCCACUGAAUUUACAGACUUGCCUUCCUGAUUACAUGUUUUUAAAAUCUGAAAAUAAUCAAUUACGACCUCUUCUUGAUUAUGACCGAGUUUUUAAUCACCCGAAACAAAUUGAUCAAUUAGAAAAGCAAGGAAAGCAAGCAACUUUUUGGAUCUCUAUAAUCUUUCUUCGAUAUUGCUAA